CAGCAGCAGCAGCAUCAGCGGACGCGUCACAGUCAUCAUCAUCAGCAGCCGCAGCAGCAAACUCAUUCAACCAGGAAGCCAGAAACUCCCAACAACAACAUCAUCAGCAGCAGGAGCAGAGUCACCAUCAUCAUCAGCAGCAGCAAGAGCAGAGUCAUCAGCAGCAGCAGCAGGAGGAGGAGGAGAGUAAUCAUCAUCGGCAGCAGCAGCAGCAGCAGGAGCCUUUUUCAACUUCAUCACAACACUUCCAGCAGCAGCAGCUUCGUCAGUAGCGACUUCGUCUCCAUCACCGUUCUCAGGUCCAACAGCUGCACCACCAUCACCAGCAGCAGCAGCAGCAGUCGCCAGCUUCAUCGGCAUCUUCAUUUCCGUCGGCAACAGCGCAAACAGUGGGCUCGGCAUCGCCGCGCUCCCACCCACAAUCGCCUCCCUCCCUCCUCCUGCUGCUGCUGCCGCUGCCCGAGUCUCCAUCGGAUUCCAGACAACGCCACCCGGCCUCUGCCGAACGCUCCCGGCGAGAGGAGAACUCACAGCAGCAGCGGUAGCACGACCAUCGUGAGCAGCCGUGGUGACCACCUCCAGCACCACGCCUCGCUCUGUCUUCACGACGUCUCAACCCAGCGAGAAGGCGACGUAGUUCCGACGUUUGGGGAAGGAGGUCUACUCGAGGAGCGCCUUCACCCAGCCAGCCCCACCUCGCCUCCCAUGUCAGUUGACAUGGAGAGCUUCAGCUCCAAAAGCCUGGCCGUGCAGGCCCAGAAGAAGCUGCUGGGGAAGAUGGCGACGCGCUCGGUGGCGGGCUUCCUCAUCGACGACGCGGCGAGCGACGUACUCGACGAGCUGUACCGCGCGCGCAAGGCCUUCUCGCACGACCGCAAGACCUCGCAGAAGGCAGUCAAGGACCUGGUGAAGGUGGCCGUGAAGCUCGCCGUGCUGGCGCGCAACGGCCAGUUCUCGACGGACGAGCUGGCGACGGCGGAGCGCUUCAAGCGCAAGCUGAACCAGGCGACGCUCACGGCCGUCAGCUUCCACGAGGUGGAGUUCACCUUCGACCGCGACGUCCUGGCGCGCACGCUCGACGAUUGCCGCGAGAUGCUGCACCGCCUCAUCGGCCACCACCUCACGGAGAAGUCGCACGCACGCGUCGACAACGUCUUUCGCAGCUUCGGGGACGGCGAGUUCCUGGCGGCGCUCUACGGCACCGAGCCGGCCUUCCAGCAGCACCUCGCCAAAAUAUGCCAGGGCCUCAACAAGCUGAUGGAGGACGGAAACAUUUAGUCGCCGGGCGCCGGCCAGGGGACCGGUUGUGCCGGCGAUACGAUUCGAAGCCCUGAUGCAGGCAGCGCGAGCAGAAGAAAAAAAAUAGUUGUCGUUGAGAGAGAGAAAAACGCCGUUCGCGAAAAGCAUUUUGAAAUGUUAAAUUGAACUUUGGCGAUUGUGGUCGUUGUGUCUCUGUGGUUGAAGAAAUGAUGGAAAAUGAAAGUUGACUCUCCCGGUUAAGCAAAAACACGCAUUUUUGUGGGAUUUGCACUCCUGGAAGGGUUCAGGCAUCGUUUCGAGGGGAGUGGGAGCGUUGGGUACUUGAUGAAAGUUGGGCACGCGGGGUUUGGUCAAACCCAAAUGUUGUGAGUAACCUCAUUCCAAAGCCAUUUUUGUAUCGUAUGAGUCGUGUUCAAGUGACUUUGGGAUCACGUGCUGCCGUGGUUUGCGUGGCACACAGGCUCACAGUGCGAGCAGUCAUUGCGGGGGGGGGGGUCUGUCAGCACCAGGGGGCCUGGGGUUUGUCACCUUUAUACAAUUCCUGGGAUUCCACCGAGGAGCCCACGGGCCUGACAGAGACAAACAGAACAGACAGGGAAUCUUUGCUCGCCCAACGACGUUUUGCUCGGAAACUAUUGCGGUACAAUCUGUCCUCGACAAGACCCUUCCCCUAGCUGAGAACGCCCUCCCGCGGAGAGAUCCUGCACAGCCGCAUUUUGCACGCUUGUCGAGUCUGGAGGGAGGCUCUGUGUUGGGCUUUUUUUAUUAUACGAGAGCCGCUGACUCUCUUAAGUUGUUUAUUUUUCGGAGCCGUGUCCCGACCCGGGAGCGAGAUGCAAUUCGGACGUGUCGCACGCCCCACCAAGCUGUCGGGGGUACAGGAGCUCAGGUGUGCACACGCUUGUACAUAUCUCUGCGGGGCAAAGCGUCCCUUAGCCCGCCGUGAGUUCGGCUGCUUAAACGUCCGUGGUACAGUUUAACGAGAAAAAAAACGCGUAACAAAAAUACAACUCUUGUUACAGACAUUUAUAGACUCUUGGCAGCACAGGCAGACCGCUGAGGAAUUCCUGCAUUCAUUGGUCCAUUCCAUGACGUGCCCGGGCAGAUCCCUCGCAAGGACUUUUUUAUGAGCGCAGUGCAACCAAACUUGUACCUCGCACGGAGACGCCACCCUGGUGUUGCGGCGUCACACGUCGGUGUUUCGCCAGAUGUGCGUGCGUCCCCUUCACCCCCUUCUCCACUGGCACAUCUGUGCCGAUCCAGCGCCGGGCCCCAACGGUACGGGCGGUUUCCCCACCGGCGAUCGGCCCGGCCAAGCCAGAACCACACCGUGGCACUUGCCUGCCGCACAAGCUGCCAGCGUCCUGGUCAAUCAAACUCGUUGUUGCGUGUCAAGUCAGUGGGUACAUUAUUCCAUCGCUAUUCGCGAGGGAUACGUUCCGGAGAUGCUUGUGAAUAAAACAUUUCGCGGAUAAUGAUACUGGCCUACUGAAUGUCGUACGUGCAACGUCUGCAGAUGCUUCUGAGGCUUCGAGAAGUUAUCUCUGUCUCUCUCAGCUCUUUGUCGCAUUGUUUUCUCUACCAUCACUUUAUCUCAUUACAUUAUCUGGCAUCACUUCCUCUCUCAGUGCAGUCGUCGUCCGAUUCGUGGAUAGCCAAAAUCACAGAUGGCCAAGUUCGUGAAUAACGAGGGAAUUCCAUACACCGUGAGGGCGCACGAUGUCACCGUGUCAUCUACGAUGUGACUCGACUCCUUCAACUGCAUGCAACGUCGGCAGCACAGCACGAUUGUCCAGUGGAGAGAGGUCGACGUGGCCAGGUGUGGGUGAACUCAAGUUCUUUGGAGCGGACGGGGGAGGGGUAGCAAAGCCGUCUGGGGUAUUUUAACGAGCGGAGGAUGCGGCCACUACGCCCGUCUGCUCUUUACAUCUUCAUCUCGCAUCGUCGGCGGAUCUCUCACAUCUUCAUCUCGCAUCGUCGGCGUGCGCGGGAGUGAGUUUUUUUUAUGGGGGAGGCGGGGGGGGGCACAGAGGGAUACUGUGCGCGGCGCGGCUUCGCGAGCGCGCACGAACAUUUUGCUAUCGGAAUCUGCGCGCCAGAACUACGCGGACAUGGUGAUGAUAAUGAUGAUCGAUUCCUCUCCCGGACGAUUCUCUCUCGCCGACGAUCAGUGUCGGCUUGCCGAUUUAAGUUUGCGGAGGCAGCUCGGACAACCACGGGUUUUCCAGAUCGUUGCGACUCCGUGUGCGUAGGAUUUCAAUGACCGAGGGUCUUCGACACUCCAGAGCUCCCGCUAAUGGAGGCCCUUCCGCCAGCAGGGGCGUAAGCAAGGAAUUGCAGGGUUGCACCUUUGCCUCGUCCAAACAUAAACUACGUUCGGUAUUCCUUUGAACCAGUCAUACCAAUUGCACAUGUUGAUCCGAAGCUGGAAAACCCGAUGCGGAUUUUGUUGCCAUCUGGGAAUGGAGUCACAAGUUUUGGGAUUCUCGUUUUGUCGGUACGGGACGUUUAUGGAACGUUUCAAUUUGUUUGGGGUACGUCGUGUCUGCCUUUCCCCGCUCUCGAGUCGCCCCCUUUCCCUUUCUGCCAAGUGGCGCAUUCCAUAUCACUGAAGCUCGGCGGCCAGUGGCCGUGCGUGUCAGAAUGCCAGUCCGUGUUGCUCCGAUCCGGUGCGCAUUUUCACAUCCACCAUGAGUGAGCGUUUGAUAUUGGAUGGUGUGGAAAUCCGGAACGGAGUAAAUGGGUGUGGCACACUGGACUUGGACCUCUAUCUGCUGGCCAAAGGGUCAGACAAGAGUCCAUGCCUUUUCAUAAAAAAAAUUAAAUGUUUUUACUGAUUGAUGAAAUGAAUUCGACCGUACACCUCUGUAUAGGCAUUCGCGGUUGUGCGGUGCGGCUUUACGAUGUGUUUACGGUUUGUACCGCGCGACAUUCCGCACGAUGUCUGACGUUUCAUACCACGCGCUGGGAGCUUCUUCAGGAACAUAGUGGUACAAACCAGAAAACGCAUAAAAUACGUAAUAUAUAACCCAGUUUUGAAAAAUACUCAAAAAUAAAACUUUGAUAUUUAGCCUUUUUUUUACCCCAGUCAAAAUGAAGACAUGACAUGGAAUAUAUUUUAUUUCAACAAUUAAAAACUCAUUCAUUGUCCGAUAACACCUUUCAAUGUAUAGAGGUCCUCAGAGCUUGGGCAAUUAUUGGAAGCACCAGCUCCUUACCGCCUGACUGUUGCUACUUUAGAGUUGAAGUUUUCGUGACUGCAAGGCUCCAUACUCUUUAGUUUUUUCGGUAAAGUCACGUAGGAAAAAAAUAAUUAAAUUAAAUUAAAUCACGACCUUUCGGAGGCAACACAAGCUUCCGUCUUCGGGUGGAACCGUCACAGCAAAUGUACUGUAUCACUUGAUACAGUCUGUGGUUCCUCCUCGUGCCGGCGCCUCCGACUCGUCCCGUCUCUCUCCCUCGACGAGAGCGAGGGAGCGAACACCGUGCGGUGGCGGUGGCGGUGGCGUUACGAGUUGACAUUAUUUAUAAAUGCAUUCAGGGCACAGUGGACGAGGUGGAUACAUGUUUUUAUUAUUAUGAUUAUUAUUAUUUGCGUAAGUGGAAUCUUUUCUCCUGCUUCUAAGUGAAACCUACCCCACUUAAAGUUGUUCCCGCUCGUGACGGCGCUCUGAUCUAUUAAACAACAACGAGAGACGGAAUGGGAGCAGCAGCGGAGCGUGGCGCUGCACGGCGGCGGUGGUGGUGGCACCCCCAGGGGCACCGCUGAUUGCGACGGGACGUGCGGCACUUCACCAAAAAAAAGGAACCUAUGUAUAAUUGGGUUGUUCAUAUUCUUCGUGGGUUUUUUUAAUGUCUUAAUUUGAGAAUUGUUAUAUAAUGAUGUUGACAAUAAAGUACAGUCGGUGUAAACCUUGUUGUGUGUGCGAGAGACGUAGAGAAUCCUGGUCUUGUUAAUUCGAUUUUUCUCCGUCUUUUUUUUUGUUCCGACCAUUCUAUUCCGAUUGCGCUG